CGCUAUAUGAUUUUUAAUUCGUAUUUUGAAAAGCACCCUACUAGAUGACGCUACUAACAAUACUUCUCUCUUUCUUCUUUUUCAACACACAUGUUCAUCUUGGUGCAUCUCUAGUCACAGAGAGAAUCAAUCUUCUUGAAUCUUGUUUGGCGUGUUUUUAAGUCGAUAGAUUAGAGUAGAUUGAAUUUAUAUAAAAGCAAAGAUGGAAACAAUUUUGGAACAACAACGACGGUAUCAUGAAGAAAGAGAACGAUUGAUGGAUGCAAUGGUGAAAGAAAUGUUGCAUAAAAAGGCAGGCCAUCGCGAGAAUAUUAAUUCAGAACAUCGGUUAAAGAUGUUACUAGAUCAAUUUAUGGAUAGUACAAUGCAUUUGCAGGACUUGUAUGAGGACAAAGAUGGACAGAGAAAAGAGGAAGUGCAAGCUCUCUCCGGUCCAAAUGAAUUCUCAGAAUUUUAUUCACGCUUGAAAUCCAUAAAAGAAUUCUAUCGACGACAUCCUAACGAAAUCAGUGUUCCCAUGUCUGUUGAAUUCGAGGAAUUGGCUAAGAUGAGAGAAAAUCCAACCGAAGAAUUGUCCAAUCUUGUCGAAUUUACAGAUGAAGAAGGUUAUGGAAAAUAUCUUGAUCUUCAUGAAUGCUAUCAGAAAUAUAUCAAUCUUAAAGGAAUAGAAAAGAUAGAUUAUAUAACUUACUUAUCGACAUUUGAUCAUUUGUUCGAUAUUCCUAGAGAAAGAAAAAACGCGGAGUAUCAGAGAUAUGUCGAAUCUCUUUUAGGGUACUUGACAGAUUAUUUGAACAGAGUCAGGCCUCUACUUGAUAUAAGUACAGAAAUUGAAGAAGCAAACAAGGAUUUUCAAACUCAGUGGGAGAAGAAUACUUUUCCUGGUUGGCCAAAAGAAACUGGCAGCGCUUUGACUCAUGUAGGAGCACAUCUAGAAUUAUCUGCGUUUUCUUCAUGGGAAGAAUUAGCAUCUCUUGGUUUAGAUAGACUAAAAUCAGCUUUGAUGGCACUAGGACUCAAAUGUGGAGGUACUCUCGAGGAACGGGCGCAAAGACUGUUCAGUACCAAAGGUGAAGCUUCUUUAGAUCCCAACUUAUUAGCUAAGAAUAGAAAAGGAAAGUCAGCUAAAAGUAAAGAUUCUGAAAAACAAAAGGAUAUUGCUCGACUCGAAGCUCAAGUGUAUAAACUCGCUGAAUUAGUAUCCAGUCAACGAGUAGCUACUAAGGAAAACGUACAAAGAAAGCAAGCGAGAACUGAAGGUGAAAGGGGAGAUUCUGAUGCAGAAGCAAGCGCAAGCGAAUCAGAAGAAGAGGAUGACAACGAGGUUCCAUAUAAUCCAAAGAACUUACCUUUAGGUUGGGAUGGAAAGCCCAUACCUUAUUGGUUGUACAAACUGCACGGUUUAAAUAUCAGUUAUAACUGCGAAAUUUGUGGAAAUUUUACAUAUAAAGGUCCGAAAGCAUUCCAGAGGCAUUUUGCAGAAUGGAGGCACGCGCAUGGUAUGCGUUGUCUUGGCAUUCCGAAUACAGCACAUUUUGCUAAUGUCACUCAGAUUGAAGAUGCUCUUGCUCUGUGGGAAAAACUCAAGGCACAGAAACAAGCCGAACGUUGGCAACCAGAACAGGAAGAAGAAUUUGAAGAUUCACUUGGCAAUGUAGUUAAUCGUAAAACAUAUGAAGAUCUUAAACGACAAGGUUUGCUAUAAAGUGUGCAUCUGAAUGAAAUCUUAUUACAAUCUUUAAUUAUCAAUUCUAUCGCUCUUUUUGUAAUCCCACUUAUCGAUUAAAAUGUUUUCGCCAGUGAAAUAUUUUCUCA